AUAAAAUUUAUAGUAUACUAUUUUGAAAGUCUGUACCGGAUGUAGUUGACUGUAUUCUCUCUGUCUUGAUAUUAGUGGUGUCUGCGGAUGCAGGACGCGGUGGGCAGCAGCCGGAUAGAAAUCUACAAAGAUGGCCUCAGCAACAGCAACCUACGGACAGAAGGAGUCCUCGGACCAGAACUUUGACUACAUGUUUAAGAUCCUCAUCAUUGGCAACAGCAGCGUGGGUAAAACGUCCUUCUUGUUUCGUUACGCCGACGACUCCUUCACACCCGCCUUCGUCAGUACGGUGGGCAUCGACUUCAAGGUGAAGACCAUUUACAGGAACGAUAAACGGAUCAAACUACAGAUCUGGGACACGGCGGGGCAGGAGCGCUAUCGCACCAUCACUACAGCGUACUACCGAGGAGCCAUGGGCUUCAUACUCAUGUAUGACAUCACCAACGAGGAUUCCUUCAAUGCCGUCCAGGACUGGUCCACGCAGAUUAAGACCUACUCAUGGGACAAUGCCCAGGUCCUGCUGGUAGGCAAUAAGUGUGACAUGGACGAUGAGCGCACGGUGAGUGGAGACCGAGGACGCCAGCUUUCUGAACACCUCGGUUUCGAGUUCUUCGAGGCCAGCGCCAAGGACAACAUCAACGUGAAGCAGACCUUUGAGCGUCUGGUCGAUAUUAUAUGCGAAAAGAUGUCCGAGAGCCUGGAUGCCGGCGACCCCGCCGUCACGGGGGCCAAGCAGGGGCCCCAGCUGACAGAGCAGCCCGCCCCCCCACACCAGGACUGCGCAUGUUAAAAGAUGACUGUUCCUCAAAGCUCACCUCCUUCCUUCUCCUCCUACGCCCUCCGAGUGUGUGUGGGGAGUAGUGGGGGGGGCGGGGGGGGUCAUUCUCCACAAGUCACCUCCUUCAUUCACAGUCCAGCUUCCCAUUUUUCCGAGAACCAGCCUGUAAAAGGGUAGGAGGUUCGCUAAGACCAGUUCUUGACGUGUACUCGUUCUUUGGUUUCCGUCCUGUAUUUUAUUCUUCUUCUGUAUGUACUUAAAAGAAGGAUUGGACGGCCAUUUUGAGUCCUUCUAAUGUUUACAGUAGCUUCUUUUUUUAAUUUGGUUUGGAUCUGGCCAACAAUUUUUAACAUUAUUAGAGCCCCGUGGACAUGAACUAACACCCCUAUAGUUAUCGUUACACUAUUAUUCAUUAUUAUUCCUUAUAUAUACAUAUAUAUAUGUAUAUAUCCCUUUUCUAUGCCGCUCCAGGUAUGCUGGAGCCUAUCCCAGCUGUGUUUAGGCGAGAGACGGGGUACACCCUGGACUGGUCGGUGAGCUAGCGCAUGAGUUAGCGCAUAAAAAACCUGAUUAGGACUUUCUAAAUACAUUUUUUUAACAUUAUUAGAGCCCUGUGGACAUGAACUAACACCCCUAUAGUUAUCGUUACACUACAAUUAUUCAUUAUUAUUCCUUAAUGCCGCUCCAGGUAUGCUGGAGCCUAUCCCAGCUGUCUUUGGGCGAGAGACGGGGUACACCCUGGACUGGUUGGUGAGCUAGCGCAUGAGUUAGCGCAUAAAAAACCUGAUUAGGACUUUCUAAAUACAAUUUUUGCCAUUAUUAGAGCCCUGUGGACAUGAACUAACACCCCUAUAGUUAUCAUUACACUACAGUUAUUCAUUAUUAUUCCUUAUAUAUACAUAUAUAUAUGUAUAUAUCUCUUUUCUAUGCCGCUCCAGGUAUGCUGGAGCCUAUCCCAGCUGUCUUUGGGCGAGUGACGGGGUACACCCUGGACUGGUCGGUGAGCUAGCGCAUGAGUUAGCGCAUAGAAAAACUGAUUAGGACUUUCUAAAUACAUUUUUUGCAAUUAUUAGAGCCCUGUGGACAUGAACUAACACCCCUAUAGUUAUCGUUACACAACAUUCAUUCAUUCAUUUUCUACCGCUUUUCCUCACGAGGGUCACGUGGGUGCUGGAGCCCAUCCCAGCUGUCUUUAGGCGAGAGACGGGGUACACCCCGGACUGGUCGGUGAGCUAGCGCAUGAGUUAGCGCAUAGAAAAACUGAUUAGGACUUUCUAAAUACAAUUUUUUAACAUUAUUAGAGCCCCGUGGACAUGAACUAACACCCCUAUAGUUAUCAUUACACUACAGUUAUUCAUUAUUAUUCCUUAUAUAUAUACAUAUAUAUAUAUAUAUACAUAUAUAUAUAUAUAUACAUAUAUAUAUAUCCCUUUUCUAUGCCGCUCCAGGUAUGCUGGAGCCUAUCCCAGCUGUAUUUGGGCGAGAGACGGGGUACACCCUGGACUGGUCGUUGAGCUAACCAGUUAGCCUCAAAUAUUCAUUCAUUCAUUCAUUCAUUUUCUACCGCCGUGGGGCUGGAGCCUAUCCCAGCUGUCUUCGCCCAAUUGAAGACAAUAUAUAGAUAUAGACAAACAACCAUUCACACUCACAUUCAUACCUAUGGACAAAUUUGGAGUCGCCAAUUAACCUAGCAUGUUUUUGGAAUGUGAGAGUACCCGGAGAAAACCCAUGCAAACUCCACACAUGGAAUCGAACCCUGUGCGAACCCUAGCUGUGCGCUAACCACUCGUGCACCGUGCCGCCCCCAGCCUCAAAUAAGACAAAGAAAGAAGACACAAAUGUACCACUUCCACACAUGAUAGGAGGAUAACUUAUUUUCAGUUCCAGAUAUUAGUAUAUUAAUAUUUUUUAAUAUAUUUUUUUUUGUAUUCUGAUAUUGCUUUUAUUUGCGUUCUGCAUGGAGCACGGGGGUGGAAAAAAAUAUCAUUUCAUUGAAUUGAUUAUGUAUAUAUGAAUAUUGUGCAAUACAUGAUAAUAUAUUUAUUAUGCAGGUGUGCAUAUGAGGAUAUAUAUAUAUAUUAUAUUUAUAUAUAUAUAUUGAUUAUGUCUUUGUGAGAUUUGUUUGGAUAUUUGGUUUGUGUGCAAGAAGCGAGAAUUGUCAUUUAUUAUUAUUAAUUAUUCAUUAUUAUGAAAUGGUCUGAUAUUAAUAGAAGGUUGCUGUUGGUGGAUGAUAAAUAUUAUACAGAAAUAUUAUCAUAAUUUAACAUUUAACUGUGACAUUGUAGGUCACUUUUUAUUUUAAAAAAAUACUUAAUAUAUUUACAAUUUAAGAGAUAAUAUACAGGUGCAUCUAAAAAAAAUUAAUAUUGUGAAAAAGUUGUUGUAUUUCAGUCAUGUUCUGUAUGACAGUUUGGUUGGGUUAUGUAUAUUUAUGCAAUGAUGUCCUGUUUGGUGCUUUUAUUUUGGUAUGCCUAUUUCCUGUUUGGACUGAAUGCUGGUUUACUUUACUUUGGUUAGAGGGAACUGGAGAGCAUACAUUUGUAGGUUAAAUAAAAGUCAAAUAAAGUCAAAUAAAAUUACAUAUAAUGCAAUUUUGCUUUGUUUCUUUAUAAAGUUAUUGUUUUUUUUGUUUUGUUUUGGUUCCAAAAACAUGCUAGGUUCAUUAGCGACUCUAAAUUUUCCAUAGUUAUGAAUGUGAGUGUGAAUGGUUGUUUGUCUAUAUGUGCCCUGUGAUUGGCUGGCUGGCCACCAGUCCAGGGUGAACCCCGCCUUUUGCCUGAAGACAGCUGGGAUAGGCUCCAGCAUACCCCCACAAUCCUAGUGAGGAUAAGCGGCAUAGAAACUUCCAAGAAGAAAGUUGAAAUAGUUAACAGAACUGGAAAAUCAGCUGGAAUUUUGCAAAAAUAAAGUCAAAAUAUUGAGAAAAUUUUUUUUGGCAAUUUGAUGAGAAUAAAUUUGUAAUAUUAUGAAAAAAAAUAUUUUCGAAGAAAUGACUGGAAAUAUUAAAGAAUAUUCUUCAAAGUUGUAAAAUUAUGAAAUAGAUUUGUAAUUUUUUGAAAAUUAGGUUGGGGAAAAAGUUCUAAUAUUAUGUGAAUAAAAUCAUAAUAUUACUAAAAGAAAUUUUUGAAGAAAAUUGAAAUAUUUGGAAAAUUAAAAAAAAAAAACAUUUUUAAAAAUGUAGCGACUUUUUUGUCCAUAGGUAUGAAUGUGAGUGUGAAUGGUUGUUUGUCUAUAUGUGCCCUGUGAUUGGCUGGCCACCAGUCCAGGGUUCUACCCCGCCUCCCUCACUCUAAGACAGCUGGGAUAGGCUCCAGCACCCCCACGACAGUAUCACUCGGAUACUGUGAACAUCCAGCAGCAACACAACAUUUUGGCAUGACUACUAUUUUGAUGAAAAAUAUACUGAACCAGGGCUGCACAGGGGUCGAGUGGUUAGCACACAGGCUUCACAGCUAGGAGACCCGAGUUCAAUUCCAUCCUCGGCCAUCUCUGUGUGGAGUUUGCAUGUUCUCCCCGUGCAUGCGUGGGUUUUCUCCGGGUAUUCCGGUUUCCUCCCACAUUCCAAAAACAUGCUAGGUUAAUUAGCAACUCCAAAUUGUCCAUAGGUAUGAAUGUGAGUGUGAAUGGUUGUUUGUCUAUAUGUGCCCUGUGAUUGGCUGGCCGGCCAGUCCAGAGUGUACCCCGCUUCUAAGCGGUAGAAAAUGAAUAAAUGAAUGAAACAGAACAUUAUAAGUACUUUUUCAAAAUAAAAACUUACUUUACUUUACUUUAUUUGCGUUUUAUUUAACCUACAAAUUUUACCUGACACUUUAUUUCGAGUUUCCUGUUUCCACCUCCCAUUUUGCCGUACCUUCUCGCCUUCUUUAUUUUGCAACUUUUUGUGUAUUGUGUCGUUUCCGUGUGGGCUUUUAUUUUGUUAAAAUAAACACUUAAUCGCACUUAAGUGUCCAUGUCCUCGCAAAUUU